AAGAGCUCCAUCAAAGAGUACAGCGAGUGGGUGUUAAAGCACUGGGCUAUGAAUGCAUCCACGGGAAAGGAAAGAAUGGAUGAAAAUGGAAAUAAGAGACACGGCUUUAUUGUAUAGGUUUCUGAAGGUGAAACUACAACAGCUGGACACCAUAGUCUUACAACAUGGAUUCUAAGGAUUUAUAAAACUGGAGGGAUACAGGAAGAUACCAAAGAAGGAUGAAAACUGGGAUGCUUUUGCCUCUUGCAGUCGGCAGUGCCUCUUCUGAUCCAAAUCCUCUUCGUCGUACAAUACUUCCUAAAAACUGGAAUACCAGAAUGAAAGGCUACUAAUGUGGGUGGACUGAACCUGUUUUUCUUCUGGUGAUCGGAAGACAUGGUCCUUGCAAUCAAACUGUUGCUCUUCACCUGUAUUUGGCCAACGUCUGUUUUAAUCAAUAGCAGCGAUCAUCACCACCGCCAUUACCACCACCGUCAUCCUCUAAGAUCAUUCAUGAAAAGACAUAAUAGCAAACGAGAAAUUAAGAUGAGGAAACUAGACAGCACUAAAGUAAAGCCCAUGAAAUCAGAACAACUUCUCCGUAUAGAAGACCAUGAUUUUGCGAUGAGACCAGGCUUUGGAGGAUCACCAAUACCAGUGGGAAUUGAUGUUCAAGUAGAGAGUAUUGACAGUAUUUCAGAAGUUGACAUGGAUUUCACGAUGACUUUGUACCUCAGACAUUACUGGAAAGAUGAGAGACUCUCAUUUCCUAGCACCAGAAACAAAAGCAUGACCUUUGAUGGAAGACUAAUUAAAAAGAUCUGGGUGCCUGAUAUAUUUUUUGUUCACUCUAAAAGAUCUUUCAUCCAUGACACAACAAUGGAGAAUGUCAUGUUACGUGUUUACCCAGAUGGCAAUGUACUCUUCAGUUUACGAAUAACCGUCUCUGCCAUGUGCUUCAUGGACUUCAGUAGGUUCCCACUUGACACCCAGAACUGCUCUUUAGAGCUGGAAAGCUAUGCCUACAAUGAAGAUGAUUUGAUGUUGUAUUGGAAGCAUGGCAAUGAAUCACUUGCCACAGAUGAACAUAUCUCCCUUUCCCAGUUCUUCAUUGAAGAAUUCAGCGCAUCAAGUGGUUUAGCAUUCUACAGCAGCACAGGUUGGUACAAUCGCCUAUUUAUAAACUUUGGCUUGAGGAGGCAUAUUUUCUUUUUUGUGCUACAAUCUUAUUUCCCAUCUAUGCUGAUGGUGAUGCUAUCAUGGGUUUCAUUUUGGAUUGACCGAAGAGCUGUUCCUGCAAGGGUAUCCCUGGGUAUAACCACUGUGCUGACAAUGUCGACCAUAAUCACAGGAGUAAGUGCCUCAAUGCCUCAGGUGUCUUACAUAAAAGCAGUGGAUGUAUACUUGUGGAUCAGUUUCCUCUUUGUCUUCCUCUCUGUCAUUGAAUAUGCAGCUGUAAAUUAUCUCACCACUGUGGAAGAAAGGAAACAGCUAAAAAAGAGAGGGAAGGCUGAAAUGUAUAACAUUGAUGCAGUGCAAGCUAUGGCUUUUGAUGGUUGCUACCAUGACACGGACACUGAUAUCGAUCUGACCACCUUUUCAGUUAAUUCCACAGAGAACUCAACACGAGAUCGAGCACCCAGUAUUGCUAAUCUAGAUACAACUCGCAUGAAAAGGAAAAGAUCCUUGAGGGGGAACGUGGGCAGAAUCAUUUUGCAGAAUAACCAUGUCAUUGACACAUACUCAAGGAUUAUAUUUCCGACUGUAUAUAUAGUAUUCAACUUUUUUUACUGGGGCUUGUAUAUAUGAAGAGAACUAUAAGGUAUUUUUCAUCUAAGUACAUCAGAAGCCUAAAUUCUGCUAACAUAUAUGCGAGCCACAAUCAAUGCAAAGUUUGUGCAAGCCAUAAUCAAUAUUCAAGAAUAAUAUCAAUAUGUGCAUUUCAGAGUCUGAAGAAGACAUUCUGGUAAUCAAGAAAUAGAUAUUUUCCUCUUCUGGGAUCUUAAUGUUUUUGCUGUACUUUUAUUUGUCAAGGAUAGGUGAUUUUAACUGGCUUGCACAGUAUCAUCAGGACACUUCUUCUGUGUCACAUGCAGAACUGGCAGUUUCCAUGUGGGACUUUCCAUAAUGCUUCUGAGUUUACAGAACAAUUGUAAAGCUGCUAAAAUGGAUACUAAUUAGUUUCAAGCACAUCCUCCCUCCUCUGCUCUUUUCUUCUGUUUGUAUUUGGGAUCCAGACAAGUACAUUGUUUCUCUUAAAAUAAGA